AAGAAUUAUUAGCAUUACAACAUAGUCCAUUGGUUGAAAAACCUGAAGGUUUACCUUCAAUUCUUGAAUCGGAAUGUAUCAAGAAAGAAGGCAAAAAAAGUGUAACUGAUGGUAGUAAUACAGAUAAUGAAAAAAGCAAUAAUAAAUCAUCGAAUCACCAUCAUAACGAUGGAACAAAAAAAUCAAAAGAGGAGUCAAAUAAUUCUUCAUUUGGAAAUCAAAAAAGUCCUUCGUUAACUGUUUCCAAUAAAAGCCCUAAUGGAUCAGUACAAACCUCACCUAAACCAUCGGAUAGAAUUAUUCUUGGCCCUCCAAAAAUGACUUUUGCUUCUUCCUCUGGUGACGAAGUCUCUUAUGUGAAAUCUCGAGCACCUCGUGGACCCACCAGUGAACGAGGAUUUAUCGGCAGAGAAGCUAUACGAGAACGAUAUCUUGCUGAAAAGGCAUCAAAAGAAUUAAAUACUUCAUCGAAUAAUCAUAAUAAUCACCAUAUUAAUAGCUAUCAUGAAAAUUUUCGAAAAUGGGAUUUUGAGCCGAGAUCUAGUCAUUUAAGGAUAAUACGAUAUCGUUAUACAAUAGAAGAAUUAUUAGCAUUACAACAUAGUCCAUUGGUUGAAAAACCUGAAGGUUUACCUUCAAUUCUUGAAUCGGAAUGUAUCAAGAAAGAAGGCAAAAAAAGUGUAACUGAUGGUAGUAAUACAGAUAAUGAAAAAAGCAAUAAUAAAUCAUCGAAUCACCAUCAUAACGAUGGAACAAAAAAAUCAAAAGAGGAGUCAAAUAAUUCUUCAUUUGGAAAUCAAAAAAGUCCUUCGUUAACUGUUUCCAAUAAAAGCCCUAAUGGAUCAGUACAAACCUCACCUAAACCAUCGGAUAGAAUUAUUCUUGGCCCUCCAAAAAUGACUUUUGCUUCUUCCUCUGUAGGAGGAUUAAGAAUUACUGAAGAAUAA